UGUUUUUAAGCCGAGGGGAUCUCGACAGCACACAGCGAAGUGUCAAAUAGGUUCUGCUUUUUUUGGGGGGGCACCUGACAGCGGGUGAGUGAGAAGAAUGAAUAAGAAGCGGCGAGCGCGGACUCUCGGUUAAUUCGCUAUGAUUCUGUGUUUACAAAUCCCUUUGAAGCUGCAUUGUCACUUUGAACCCUUGGACAGCAAGAUUCUACAUUGCGGAGGACGAGGGUUCGAGCUGCCACGCUUUCCGAUGUAGCCUUGAGUAGAAUAAAGUCACGUGGGGUAAAGUUACGCAAUAAAGGCAGCAAAGGAAGAAUGUAGCCUUCUACCCUAAUUGACCUUUGUAGUUUUACACCGGCAAAGUACUGAUAAACCUCUGCAAAAGAGAUAUUAGCUUUGGAGCUAUGAAGCAGAUCCUUAUUUUGAAAUAUCUGAAUAUACCCCAUUAAAAGAAAAUGUCCCAUUCAGAGAGCAAGACCUUGGUUUUGGGGGUGCUUGCCGGUGCUGCCGGAAUAAGCUUUGCACUGCUCUGGUGGAAAGGAUUUAGAAAGCAGGUUAACGUCCAGCAUUUGCUGAGACGAUGGUCCUCUGCCAACAACUCUGCUGUGGUCCAGGACAACCAUGGUGCGUCCGUAGUUCUGCACGGGAGGCAGCUUCAGAUUCUGGAAAAGAUCGGGAACCUCUUGGAAAGUGUAGAAGAGCUGAAGGAGGAUGUGAAGUAUUUAAAGGACACCAUUCCUAAACUAGAAAAACAGAUAAGAGAUGAAUUAAGGGGAAAGAAUGAACACAAGAAGGCCAGCCCUCAGCACAAAAGAAAGAAAACUGAGUCAACUAAGGGAGAAGAGGAAUACCCCAGCUCUGAGGAGGGUGAAGGAGGAUACCUAACCGCUCACACUGACACAGAAACCGAGUCAGAAGGCGAGCAGGCGAGUCAACUUCGUACAAAAAGGACCGGUGCCGCAGAGGAGGAGGUAGCUCGGCUCCGUGAGAUUCUCGAUAAAGCAGACAAGAGCCAUGCUGGCUGUGAGGCCGAAAAGCAGGAAGGGUUUAAGAUGCUGCUUGACAACAAGGAUAAGCGUGAAGAUUGUGUUGAAUUCCUUUGGAGAUUAGCACGAGCCUACGGUGACAUGUAUUUUAUUUCUAACGACAACGAAGAAAAGAAGACUUAUGCGGCUGAAGGAAAAUGUGUUGCUGGGAAGGCAGUUGACUUAAACAACUCAAGUGCUGAAAGCCACAGAUGGUUUGCUAUAAUGUGUGGCUACAUGUCUGAGUUUGACACUGUACAGAAUAAAAUAAAAAAUGGCUACCUGUUUAAGGAACAUCUAGAUAAAGCAAUCGAGUUAAGUCCACAAGAUCCUCUCCAGUAUUACCUGCUAGGUAGAUGGUGCUAUGCGGUAUCACAGUUAUCUUGGAUUGAAAGAAAGGUUGCUGCUACCCUUUUCGGGAAUCCUCCAACAUCAACCAUAGAAGAGGCCUUACACAAUUUUCUAAAGGUUGAAGAAAUGCAUCCUGGGUACUCCAAAUACAACUAUGUGUUUUUGGCAAAGUGCUACAAAGAUUUAGGACAAAAAGCCACAGCUUUGAAGUACUGUAAAAAUGCUUUGGCCAUUGCAUCCAUUACCAAAGAGGAUAGUGAUGCCCAAAAAGAUUUGGAAGUCCUAAUGGCAUCCCUUAGUCCCUGAGGCUCUUGUAAAGAAACAUUCCACAACAAAAUGCAUACAAGAUCACAACAGUUUGAAAAAAAAACGCUGCUGAAAUAUUUACAAGAUGGCUGUUACAGGAUUUUGUAAAUAACUACAACACAACCAAACGUUUGAUCAUUCAUUGGAAAUCGGGUUUUCUUAUAAACAUCUUUCACCUCAGCAAGAUGAAAUCUUAUGAUGUAUUGUCUUGAUUAGUAUCUUUAUGAAAAAUAAUGCCCUUAAUAAACAGAUGUAUAGACUGAAAGACUUUAAAGGUAAAUAUUAUGGAGUCUGCCUCUUUUAAUUAUUACCUCCAUGACUUUUAAAUAUAUGUGAAUAUGCAAAUGUAUUUUAACAAUAAAAUAAAUUACUGUUUGAGUAAUAAUUACAGUAAUAGCACAAUAAAAGAUUUAAGAAAUAAA